GAGAGCGAGCGAGAGAGAGGGAGGUUGGGGGUGCGGCACUAACCUCCUCCCUCCUUUGCGCAUAGUUGCAGCUGAGCAGUUUUGCGCACACACGGCACAAGGAGCUCCAGGCAUCUGGUCGUCAUCUCCAUCACCUCCUCCUUUACCUCCUCCUCCACCUCCACCAUCAGCAGCAGCAGGAGCAGCAGCAGUUCUUCCUGAUCACAUGUGACUGUCCAUCAGAGACUGAAGAACGUUUCUUCUUCUCUGUCUCUCCGGGCCGCAGGAGGAAAGAAAAGAAAAGAAAAGAACCGAAGAAGAACUUCCGUCUCCAGUUUCUUCCCGCUCCCGCUGCAUGGAUUGGUUGUAGAGGGGAGUUUUUUCGGGAGCAGCAGGAGAGGAGAAAACUUUAUCAGUCGGAGUUUGGUUCGUUGUCUCCUCCACCUCCACCACACCUCCACACCCCGGGUUGACUUUGGGAUUUGAACAGACCCAGGCAGUGCUCGGUCCAGCGGCUACUCCACGGACGCGCUGCCGCCAGUGCGUUUCUGUAUGUGAGGAUCUACUGGACCCUCUCCUCCUCCUUCAACCUCCUUCUUCUACUCCUUCUCUUCUCUCACCCACUUUCUCCCCCGCUGUUGCCCGAUUGCGUCAUGACUUCUAGCUAUGCGCAUGUAAUGGACAGACAAGCGACGUUAUCUAACCGCCUGGAGAGUCCGAUCACGUCGAACCUGGACAACCUGCAGGCCAAGAAGAACUUCUCCGUCAGCCACCUGCUGGAUCUGGAAGAGGCCGGGGAAAUGGUGGGCAACCAGGCCGACGAGAGCGUCGGAGAGGCGGGCAGGAAUAUGCUGGAGUCUCCGGGUCUGACCAGCGGGAGCGACACGACCCAGCAGGAGAAUGAACAGAUGAACACAGAGGAGAAGAAGAAGAGGAAGCAGCGCAGGAACAGAACCACCUUCAACAGCAGCCAGCUCCAGGCCCUGGAGAGAGUCUUUGAGAGGACACACUACCCCGACGCCUUCGUCAGGGAGGACCUGGCCCGCCGGGUCAACCUGACUGAGGCCAGAGUCCAGGUUUGGUUCCAGAACAGAAGAGCUAAGUUCCGUAGAAAUGAACGAGCCAUGCUAGCCAGCAAGAACGCUUCGCUCCUCAAAUCUUACUCAGGAGACGUGACGGCCGUAGAGCAGCCAAUCGUACCUCGUCCUGCGCCUCGCCCUAAUGACUAUCUGUCCUGGGGCAGCGCUGCCCCCUAUAGCUGGUAUCCCAUGCCGGAGGGGGGGCCGGUGAGAGUGCCACAGAAAAUGCUGCCCACAGAGAACAACGCCAUGGCGACCUACCCUCCCACCUGCUCCAACACCAACACGUCCCAAGGAAUGAACAUGGCCAACAGCAUCGCAAACCUGCGGCUCAAAGCCAAGGAGUACAGCUUGAACCAGGUGCCCACGGUCAACUGAGAGCAGGAGAAGAAGGAGGAGAUGGACCCAGGUCGAGGGGGGGGGGCACUCUGCUCCUACAGUCCAGCACCAUCUCUUGGACAACUGUCUUUUGACCACACGACCUGGAUCACCUGACUUUUCCUCCUCUUUGCUCCGGGGAAGUCUUGAUAAUAGUGCACAGUGGACACCAGGACACCAGGACAGUGGUGGUGGUGGUGGUGGUGGUCUCCACCUUAUUUUUUCCACCUGAGCAUCACUGAACUUUUUGUACAAAGAAGCAUCGGCCAAUCAGAUGCUGCAGCCAGACAUAGAUCAUUUUUGUGCCUGAGACUGAACUUCAGAGCUUUUCCUUCACUUUCUAAGAAGUCUUCUGGAGACUUCUGUGAGGACCACGUGGACCACGUCUUUGUCCCCUGACUGUGUUGGUGGAUCAGAUCAAACACCACAAAUCUUCCUAAUUUGACAAAGGACUGACGUUUAUCAUGCUUUUUUUUUUUUUUUUUACAUUUUUCUCCAUGUUAUACCACUGACCUGCAAACAUUUUGACACAUUUUCAUGUAAUAGUCCAGUAUAAAGGAGAAGCUGAUGUAUUUCCAAAACCAAAAGCAGUAGAUUCUCCUUUUUACCUAUGAUAACCUUUAUCUGUACCAGAAUAAAAACCUUGUAUAUUAAUAAAGAAGACAAAACUCAAGCAUUUGAAGCCGUGCAUCGCUCAGUGUCCACACCCCCACCCACCCACCCAGGUCUUGGGGGGGGCUCCACUCUUUCAUCUGUGUCCUCAGACCAACUCUUUACGGCUGUGAGAUUUGCAGCUCAUCAUAAAGGAAAUAUAUGAAGGCGUACAGUAGAGUCAGGCCGAGCGUUGCUUCAAAAAAAAAUGAACUAAGUGUGUUUAUAGUUCAGACCAUUUGGAAAGCAAAAUGAUCCUGGACCUCAUGCACGGCCCAUAAAGUGAGAUUUACAGCUCGAGAACAGAUUGGACUUCACAGAAACCUCAAGCUGUUCCUGCUUUGUGUGUUUUCUUUUUUCCUGAUUACCCACAACUUCAAAUUUCCAUCUUAAAAACAGGAUAUUUAUGAGCAGGGAAAUCCUCUCCUUAAUAUGGAGGGGCCCCCGGGGCCUCAUUUAACUCGGCGGCUGUCAAACAAGGUGUUUCUUCUCCCUGGCCCCCCGUAACCUUCACCGUCAACAAACACAUGUCCACAGUUGUCCUCGCACCACGCAGCAGGGCAAUAAAUGUGUGGUGGUAGGAAAUUGAAGCUGAUUUUUCUUUUUUUGUUUGGGGGGUCGGACGGGGCAGGGAGCAGUUACUGAGGGACUGUUAUUAUUAAAAACCCUGAGUAAAACCACCAAACUCCAUUAAAGAAAAGCUAAAAUGAACUUUUCCUCUGUGAUAUUAAAAGACAGAUUCACGGUCGGACUUUUUCUUACACACAUUUAAAUUGUCGUCUUUUUCUGGUGAAUUCAGCAUUAAAACCCACAAGGGUUUGAAAACAAUAUUUCCUAAAACGUCUCAAUCUGAUCUUUGUGUUUAUGAUUUACGUCCACUUCUUCUUCAUUGAUUUGACCUCUGUGGUUCAAUCAGGUUCUGCUGUUGUUGACCCACAUCACGGGUCCAUUAAUCUGGGUCAUGUUGGAGGGAGGCUGUCUUUUCUGUGCUCUGUCUAAACAAAGGGCUAGAAUCGAACCCCCGACCUUCAAACUUUCUAUUCUUAUUUUUGCAGUUUUUAAAUUUUUUUUUACAAAAUUGACACACAGAUUGAGUGAACUGUGGAAGCCCACGACCGUGUGGUUCCAGGAUAGGGUGUCGGUUUGAAUCCCACUGGCGUGUUGAGGAACCAACAACAAACACAAUAUGAAUAAUGUCAGGUCUGAUUUUGUAAAGAUAUUUUUACCUUGUUAUAAUCUGAAUAAACUCUGUGAUUUUAGCCCAUUUUUCAAAAUACACAGUUUUAAGACUUGAAGUCAUUUUUGGAGCCUGUGCGUCAACAGUGUCUUCAGAGAAGUGGGAAAAUACGAUGGUAAAUAAUCUCCACUUCUCACACAAUUGGUUUAUUUUUUCUGAAGACUUUCUGAAUUAAAUUGAAAACAAAUCUUUUUAUCCAUAAAUGCUGUUGAUUUAUUCUCCUCACACUGAAGUGUUUGAUAAAGAAGGACAACAGUUCUGCAAAACGUCCGCCUCUGAUUUUGUAAAGAGGAACAACAAGGAAACCUGAGAAGUGUUUUUUUCUGAGUGGAGCCUGAACUUCACAUCUGUUUGAAACCUGAAAAUGUCGGAGAAAACAGAAGAAUCUCAGCGGACUCUUAUCACUGCUGAUCUGUCCUCAGCUCUAGGUCUGGGGUUUUUUUGUCCAUAAUAUUUUUUCACAUUUUAUUCAAAUGUCCAGAAAUUUCUGGACUCCGAGGUUUGAAGUGACGUUUCCUCCUGCAGCUCAUCCACAGACUGUUUUCCUGAUCUGACUGUGGUAUGUCCAGUGUCAGACCCCUGUCCUGCCCCCACCAACCCCAACCUCCAGCCCCCGCCAUCUCCCCUGCCAGGCACCCGGUCUCACCUUUCAUGGCCAGGGCCUGGACUGACCUGAAGUGAUUCCAGAUGUGGAGAU